AUGAGUAAUAUCGUUACACGAGUACUUGAAACUAAUAUUUAUAUACAACCUAUACAUUUUCUUUUGGCCAUUAUUACAAAUGUAUUUAAUAUACGUAUAUUAUGUUGUCGUGUACUUCUUUCAUCACCAUGUACAUAUUAUUUUCUUGUCUAUGCUAUAUUAAGUAUUAUUUAUACUUGUUUAUUGUGUCCAAUACAAUUUGUUCGUGGUUUUUCUAUUAAUUGGAUAAAUGGAAAAGUAACUUGUAAAAUGCAUGCUUAUCUUUUAUUUAUAUUACCACUUCAAGGUAAUAUUAUGCUUAUAUUAGCUUCAUUAGAUCGUUAUUGUUCAAGUUUAAAAUUGCGUCGACUUCAAUCAACAAAUGCUAGUCGAAUAGCACGAAGAAAUAUUUUAUUUAGUACUCUAUUUUCUUUAUUCUAUAUGUUACCAAUGUUAUUUAUUUAUAAUUGGGAUGAUAAUUUAAGAAAAUGUUCAUCAAAAUUGCAUUAUGCAAUUAAUAUUUAUAUACUUAGUCAAGUUAUUAUUUAUUAUAUAUUAUUUCCAUUAAUAAUGAUUUUAUUUGGUAUUUUAACAAUUUAUAAUAUUCGUCAAAAAUCAAAUCGUAUAAUAUUAUUUAUUUCAUGGAUGCGACGACGUCGUCGUACAGAAUGUCAAUUAGCUCGAAUGUUAAUUCUUCAAGUUGUUGUUCAUCUUAUUUUUGUACUUCCAUUCGGAAUUAUUUAUAGUAUCAAUUCCAUUGUACCAUCUACACAAACGCCUACUAUUCUAGCCAUACGUUUAGUUUUUGUAUCAUGGCAACAAUGUGAUCAUUUUAUAUCAUUUUUUCUCUAUAUUCUUACUGCAAGUGUUUAUCGACAACGAUUUAUUCGAUUAUUACAAUCUAUGAAUUGUUUGAAUAGAAGAGAGCAAUAG